AUGCCACAACUGUCUCCUGUUAUCGCAACUGCACCUGCCAUCACAACCCAAGGACGCAAACGUCAAAGGCAGUUCAGUCCCAAAACCCGCAAUGGCUGCAAGACUUGCAAAAUACGCAGGACAAAAUGCGACGAGGAGAAGCCAUACUGUAAUCGUUGCACAUCCACAGGCCGCAUAUGCGAUGGCUACGACUCAACCUGGACCACAUCAACUUUCAAAGCAACCCAAAGCCGAAGCCGAGAUCACGCAUCUCCAAGCUCUGAGCUCGUUCGCACUCGCAUACCGGUGUUGUUGGCUCCAUCUCUCCAGCUGGACAGUGUACAAGAACGUGAAAGUUUCGAGUUUUUCAUCACACAUGCAAUGCCAUCGCUCCGUGGGGUUCUCAGCUCCCCGUUCUGGCAACGGGAGAUUCUCCAGGCUGCUCAUCAACACCCAUCGAUUCAGUACGGUAUCAUUGCUUUAGGUGCUAUGCACAGACGGUAUCAACAAGGCUCUACUUCGCAUAUUGAAAAGGGGGCCUUGGAUAAGCAUUUGCACUUCGCCUUGCAGCACUCUAACCGAGCGAUUCAGGGAUUGGUUAAGAAUCAAGGACCACGUGGUGAUACUGUCGUGGCGGAUAAGCGGACACUGAUGACGUGUUGUAUACUGUUCAACAGCAUGGCCUGUCUCCAGGGUCACCAACGGGAGGCGCUACAACAUCUCCGGAGCGGAUUGCGUAUGCUGAAAGAGGCGGAUGAAGCUGAAGCUGCGAGAGACGAGCCCCACCCGAUUGAUAUCGAGUCAUUGCGAUCUAUAUUCGUCGGCCUUGACAUGCAAGCUCGCAGCAUAAUGAGCCAGUCAGAUUUUCUCCACUGGGAGCCUCCGCCUGCAACGAAAGACAUGCCCGCCCUUCCCAGGGCCGAAUUGAGUGACUCUUCGCUACUCGCAAUGCUGCAGUACCUUGAGUCUCUUCAGAACCACGUCCUCAACUUCUUACAGGGGACGAAUGAACGUCUGCCAAAAGAAAAACAUCUAGUUCUGCUCGGAUAUCAGGACUUGAUGGAGCGCUUCAAAAUAGGCUCCAUCGCUCUUGACAGGCUGUGCAAUAACACCUCUUCCACUCAAGCCGCCUUUGCACAACCCUUGUCCUCACUCCGCCUCCUACACUGCCAGAUCGAAUACCUCAUCCGCUCGCCAAGAGGCGAUCUGAUAGAAGAGUUGGGUUUCAUGCACGAGUCGAACAACAUGCCUUUCGAUCUCCCGGCGCACUUCACCAAAAUGAUGGCUCUCAUCACUCAUCUGCUCCCAGAUCCUUCGGAUCUCACGCCUGUGUUCACGACAGCUGUGGGUCCCUUGGCGGCGUUGUGGCUCGUCGCAACGUCUGCGCCAUCUACGUGCAUCGCGUUGCGCAGACGAGCCGUUGCACUCAUGCUGAGCUACCCCAGGAGAGAAGGGUACUGGGAUGGUCUGGUGGCCGGCCAAAUCGCACGGGAAGUGCUGAGGCUUGAGCAGGAAAGUACGCGUGCGGAGCUGGGGCUGCCAUAUAUGGAAGAUGUCGAUUUGGUUGUGCCGGACCAUUUGAGGAUCGUGGUCGUUGCUUUGUCGUAUUCGAAGGACGAUGAUAGGAAGGCGAAGGUUGAGUUUCGCAAUGCGAGAGCUAUGAUGGCUGGGGAGCCGGGCACGGUUCAGCAGCUGAGCUGGUAG